AUGCUCUUCCUCCAUAGUCUCGUUACUGAGAACAAUGCAGACUUGGCUGUGAUCCAGAGGCAAGGGGAACGGGGGCUCGCUGGGCCGAGGGGGCCAAGGGGACAGCAGGGUCUAGGAAUCAAAGGAGAAAAGGGUGACUUGGGACCUCCAGGUGUUUCAGGGCCAAUUGGACUGACAGGAGCGGGCAUACAGGGAGAGAAGGGAGUCGAGGGUCCAAGAGGUCCACCAGGAGCCAGAGGACAUCCAGGAGAAGGUUUACCUGGACCUAAGGGAGACCAAGGUUUACCGGGAGAGCAGGGAGCCACAGGAGAGCCAGGCAUUGGUGAACCUGGUCCAAAGGGAGACCCUGGGGCAGCUGGUCUGGCUGGUGUACCUGGUCUUCCAGGAGAGGAUGGAGCUCCGGGGCAGAAGGGGGAGGCUGGUUUACCUGGUUUAAGAGGUCCUGAGGGAGCACAAGGAAUUGGCAUUCAAGGGGAGAAGGGUGAUCAGGGUCUGAGGGGCAUCCGUGGGUUACAUGGUCCUCCUGGGAUCUCAGGACCCUCAGGACCAAAGGGUGAACGUGGGACACCAGGCCAGCAGGGCAUACCAGGACAGCCAGGACGAUCCAUAUCAGGGCCAAAGGGUGAUGUAGGCCCCAUUGGUCCCCCUGGUCCUGUUGGGGAACCAGGCCAUGGAUUACCUGGUCCAAAGGGUGAGCGUGGUCAUUCGGGUUUAUCAGGUCCAGUUGGUCCGAAAGGCGAAGGCAUCCAGGGCCCUGUGGGUCCUCCGGGCCUGCCAGGUUUACCAGGCGAGUCAGGCCCAGAAGGAAUAGGAAUUCCUGGUCCAAAGGGCGAUAUUGGCUUUAGAGGAUUGCCAGGUUUGCCCGGCCCACCUGGAGAGGGCUUACAAGGACCCCCUGGUAAUGUUGGGAGGACAGGACCUGCAGGUCCCACUGGACGCCCAGGAGAGGGUAUUCAAGGUCCAAAGGGUGAGCCAGGAUCUCAAGGUAUGACUGGGCCUAGAGGGCCUCAAGGAGAAGGAUUUCCUGGACCUAAGGGUGAUCGUGGAUCACAGGGUGAGAGGGGAAUGAAAGGUACAAAAGGAGACAUGGGUGAUCAUGGAGUCCCCGGUGAAGCAGGAAGACCAGGAGCAAAAGGAGAACCAGGCCUCACAAGAGAAGACAUUAUUAAGCUGAUCAAAGAAAUCUGUGGAUGUGGCAUCAAGUGCAAAGAAAGACCAAUGGAACUUGUGUUCGUCAUCGACAGCUCAGAGAGUGUCGGCCCUGAGAACUUUGAAAUCAUCAAGGACUUUGUCACCAGGUUGGUGGACGGCACCACAAUUGGACGCAACACCACCAGAAUUGGACUGGUCCUCUACAGUCUGCAUGUCCAUUUGGAGUUCAACUUAGCUCGCUACAUGAGCAAAGAGGACGUUAAGCAGGCAAUCAGAAAAAUGCCUUACAUGGGUGAGGGCACGUACACUGGCACCGCCAUCAGAAAGGCCACUCAGGAGGCUUUCUUCAGCGCUCGGCCAGGGGUCAGAAAAGUAGCCAUUGUCAUCACCGAUGGUCAAACUGACAAACGAGAGCCUGUCAAACUUGACAUAGCUGUGAGGGAAGCUCACGCUGCAAACAUUGAGAUGUACGCCCUGGGGAUUGUCAAUUCUUCUGAUCCUACGCAGGCUGAGUUCCUGCGAGAACUCAACCUCAUUGCCUCGGACCCCGACAGCGAACACAUGUACCUUAUUGAUGACUUCAAUACUCUUCCAGCACUGGAGUCUAAACUCGCCAGCCAGUUCUGUGAAGAUGAAAAUGGCGCCCUCAUUUACAAUCACAUUACCAAUGGACGCUGGAACGGUAACAAUGGCCAUGGGCAUGGUAUUAAUGGAAACAAUGGACAUGGAGAGAAUACCAAUGGAUAUAAUGGCCAUGGCAAUAAUGGUUAUGUUUAUAGUUAUGGAAACAAUGGAUAUGGGAAUACUGAAAAUGGUCAAAAUUUCAAAGAGGAGAUCCAAAAUCACAGACGCACCACCAGCCGAGGCCGUGGAGACACAUUCACACUGCCCAUCAGUGCCGAUCCUCUUCCUGUUCAGGUCGUGGACGAUGAUGAAGGUGAAGAUUUAGAUUUAAGAGUCCAUGGGCGGGGUGGUAAUACUGUAGCUGCUGUAGCUGUAGUCAACAAAACAACAUCGUUAUCUCCUGUGAGAGAAAGCUCCGUCUUCACUGAAGCCGUCUUGUCAUCUUCUACAUUGUCAUCCUCGUCUGCAACAUCUGUGUCAACAGCGAGCUCAGUUUCAUCUUUAAAUACGAAUCGGUUGCAGCCCGUGGCGAAUCAAGUCCUACCUGAAGAGGCCCCUGUUGUUGAUCCCCGCUGUAACCUCACCUUGGACCAAGGUACCUGCCGAGAUUACAGCAUCCAGUGGUACUAUGACAAGCAGGCCAACGCCUGUGCACAGUUUUGGUAUGGAGGCUGCGGUGGAAAUGACAACCGUUACGAAACAGAGGAUGAAUGCAAGAAGACUUGCGUUCAGUCAAAAACAGCAGGAUAAAAGGAGAAGAAGCUGUCAGAAAAUGGACUUUACUACUCUACAAUCUGCUGAUUUAUUUUUACGUGAUGCAUUCUGUCAGUUGGGUCCAGAAAAUUAUUUCAUGCACUUGUCUAACACUUUGGUGCUCAAACACAAAUUAGUUUUUUUUUUGUUUUUUUUUUACAAAUAGUAAGUGUUAAAAAGUAAGGACCAGUAAAAUCAAAUACUGAUAAACUGUUGACAUAUUGCUGUUUCCACCUAACAAAUGACUUAAUUAAGUCAUUAACUUCUACAAAACAAACUUUAUUACCUCAAAUAUUUGACUGUCCUACAUUUCAAAUAACAACUUUUUAUUGUAAUUUAAGAUUAACCUCUUAUACCUCUAUGAGCCAUGUGCUACAUACCUUUUGUUGGUAUCAUGUACUGAAAUAUGCUGAGUGCUUUUGUGUACAUUCUGUUUGUUGUUUUUACAAUGUCUCCGUUCAGGUUAUAACUGGCAGCUGUAAUAGACAUUUCUGUCUGGGUACUACUUUCAGAGGUCUACUGUGAUCAUCGUCAUCUUGUGAUGAAGACUGAGACUUCCUGCAGUCCAUCCAUGAAAGGCCUGUCUAUUUGGGCAGUGUGUGCAUAUCUGAAUAAAUGUUUUAUAUGUUUUUUAAUAAUAAAAUGUAAAAUAAUGGUU